AUGCAUGGAACAGGUCCAGGUGGAGAUGUUGUGCUUGAGUUCCUGCGGAGCCCACUCAGUUUCCUGGACAGGAUUGUUCGACAACAUGGGGGAUCUGUAGGUCUCAGACUUGGCGGAGAGCAUGUGGUCCUGCUCACUGACCCCGCUCUUUCCAGGCAAGUCCUGAUCGACCAGGCCGACACCUUCUGCAAGGAAGGCACAGCAUUCUUCCCUGGCAGCAGCUUGGCAGGCAAUGGGCUUCUUGUGAGCGAUGGGCCACUCUGGCGCAGGCAGCGUCAGCUGUCCAACCCUGCCUUCAGGCGAACUGCCAUCGAGUCUUAUGCACAGGCUAUGGGAAGUGCCACGCGGCAGAUGCUGGCCACAAGUUGGUCUGGGAGUGGGCGAAGAGAUGUAUACAGUGACUUCAAUGCGCUAACCCUCCAGAUCACCACGGAAGCGCUCUUUGGCAAGAACCUGUCCGCUGAGCAGGGUGCCAAAGUCACAGGCGCAAUACAGACAGCAUUUGAAUUCUUCGCGGGUCGGGCAUCGACAGGCUUCAUCAUACCAGAGUGGUUCCCGACUCCAGACAACUUUCUGUACCAUGAAGCUAUGGCAAGCUUAGACUCUGCAGUAUACGGCAUCAUUGACAGCAGACAGGGAGAGCUAGCUGGUUCAGCUCAGUCACCCCAGUGCCUGCUGGACAACCUGCUGAUGUCAGAGGAUGAGUUCGGCAGAGGCAUGUCAAGGGAGGCCCUGAGGGACGAACUGAUGACGCUGCUUGUGGCUGGCCAAGAGACCUCUGCCAUCCUGCUGGCCUGGACUUGCGCAUACCUAGCACACCACCCUGAGGUCCAAGCUAGAGCUGCUGAGGAAGUUGGGCAGGUGCAGUUGCCUCAGGUAUUAGAGGGAGCGGAGCCCUCGCCAGCUAAUGUGCAGGAGAUGCGCUACCUGCAAGCAGUCGUUCUUGAGACUCUGCGGCUGCGGCCGCCCGCAUAUAUUGUCGGCCGCUGCGCUGCCAUAGAUGUCACUCUUGGAAGCCACCAGCUGCCAAAAGUUUGUGCAGGAACAACUCUUUUGGUGAGCCCAUGGGUGAUGCAUCGGGACCCCCAGCAUUGGCCACAGCCGGAGACAUUUCAGCCAGAGCGAUGGCUGGACCUCUUGGCAGCCAAGCCAGCCAUGGCAGAGCUCAGUAACAUGGGCUCAAACGGGGUCUACCUGCCCUUUGGUGCAGGGCCCAGAAAUUGCAUCGGGACAGGAUUUGCAAUGAUGGAGGCUCUGGUCGUCCUGGCCAGCAUGUUGAGGAAGGUCAGGUUUUUGACCGUGCCUGGCGAGAGAUUUCCAGCCGCCGAUCCAAGGAUAACGCUUAGGCCGGCAUCAUGCACUUUGCUCUUAGAAAUGCAUCCCAGAAUCCAAUACCAGGCUGCACCCCAGGUGGAACUCAUGGGGAGCAGAACGGAGAUUACCAUGACAAAUGAUUGUUGA